AUAUCCACAAAGAAAAAAGAGGGAUAUAUCUCCUCCAAGUUCCAUCUGUGAGCUUCAUCUUCUUUUGGCAAGGCAGCAAAAAUGAGGGUACAAUCUUGCUUUGGCGGAACCACAAUUCAAACCCUUAAACUCACCUCAAUUCCAUCCGUAAUCAAUUCAUCCUCAACCCCAAUUUACAAACCAAUAUCUUUAUUCAAAACCCUCUCACCAAACUCCACACACCGCUUUCCAUUCUUUGUAAGAUCACUUUCUACACCUGCAGCGGUCCAACCUGUUGUCGAUUCCACCGCUACUCCUUCUGUCGAUUUUGCUGUGAAACCUCAAUGGAAAGCGGCUAUAGAUUUCAAGUCAAUUCUAGAGAAUAGAUUUGCGGUUGCAGAAAAUUUAAAAAUUAGGAACUCGAACGCUAAUCUGGAUUUAGUUAUUCAACUCUAUGAGAAGUUGUUGGAACUUCAAAAGGAAGUUGAAGAGCUUCGUAAGGAGAGAAAUACGGUUGCAACCAAAAUGAAAGGGAAAGUUGAACCUUUAGAGCGUCAAAGACUUGUAGAAGAAGGAAAGAAUUUAAAGGAGAAACUUGUUACACUGGAAGAAGAUCUUAUCAAACUUACAGAUGCACUUCAACGGGAGGCACAAUGUAUCCCAAAUAUGACACAUCCAGAUGUUCCUAUAGGAGGAGAAGAUAGUUCAACAAUUAGGAAAACGGUGGGUGCCCCUCGCGAGUUCACAUUUCCGAUCAAGGACCAUGUACAACUUGGGAAAGAACUUGAUCUUUUCGAUUUUGAUGCAGCUGCGGAGGUUAGUGGGUCAAAAUUCUAUUACCUCAAGAAUGAAGCGGUUAUGCUAGAAAUGGGACUUAUAAACUGGACUCUAUCAGAAGUCAUGAAAAGAGGGUUCACUCUUCUUACGACCCCAGAAAUUGCUAGAUCAUUAGUGGUUGAAAAGUGUGGUUUUCAACCUCGUGGAGAUAACACUCAAGUUUACUCUAUUGAGGGCAGUGAUCAGUGUCUUAUCGGGACAGCAGAAAUCCCCGUUGGCGGGAUACACAUGGACUCUAUUCUUUCUGACUCAUCCUUACCUAUAAAGUAUGCAGCUUUUUCUCAUUGCUUCCGUACAGAAGCUGGUGCCGCUGGAGCUGCUACUAGGGGCUUAUACCGUGUGCACCAAUUUAGCAAGGUGGAGAUGUUCAUAUUAUGCCGACCCGAAGAAAGUAAUGCCUACCACCAAGAGCUUAUUGAAAUAGAAGAGGAACUCUUUUCAAAAUUAGGGCUACAUUUCAAAACGUUGGAUAUGGCAACUGAGGAUUUAGGUGCCCCUGCUUACCGAAAAUACGAUGUCGAAGCUUGGAUGCCAGGUUUAGGACGAUAUGGCGAGAUAUCGAGUGCAUCAAAUUGUACAGACUACCAGAGCCGAAGAUUGGGAAUAAGAUAUCGUCCAGAAAAUUCAGCAAAUCCUACAAAUAUGAAGAAAGGUAAAGGGCGCAAUCUAAGUCCACCAGAAUUUGCCCACACGUUAAAUGCCACUGCAUGUGCAGUUCCUCGGAUGAUUGUAUGUUUGCUUGAGAAUUACCAGCAAGAAGAUGGAUCUGUUGUUAUACCAGAACCAUUAUGGCCUUUCAUGGGUGGGAUUCAGGUCAUCACUCCUAAAUCAAAGUAGAAGGUCAGAACCAAGUUUAAAUUGGCUCAUAGAAUUUCAUGAAGCUAUAUAGUUAUUGGUCCGUUUUUUCAAUUUUGUCAAUUCUGGCAGAUUUUGCAUCCCCAUAAUAGUAGUAUCUAAUGCUGAUUAUAUGUUACUAAUUUAGAGUUUAUUUUAAGUAUUUAUAAGCGUUAGCAUUA